AGAACUUCAUUUCCCGAAAGGCUACGCUCUCUGCUACCCGAGCUAGGCGAUGAGCCGAAGGGACGAAACCUUCUUCUAGGGUUUUUUAAGUUCUCAGACGGAAGGAGUGACGGCGAACUGAAGCUUUUGGCUGCUCGGCGGGUCACCUCAUCUGGCGGAAUUGGAGGAAGAGAGCGUGGCGCCUGUAGAGCGGCCCUACUUCCGGUCGACGGGCAAAAACCUAGGGCUCUUUUCCUUUAAUUGGGCGGGACGCGGCGACGCCACCGGCGUUGCUAUUGGCGGCGAUUGGGGGCGCGGAAACUGAACUGGCACAACUGCCGCCGCAGCUACCUCGGGUUUUUGGGGUGCCUUUGGUUCUGCCAGCCCUGCCAACCCUUCCAUGGCCGGUCCCAGCCCGGAGGACCCCUCACUGGAGAGGCAUUUUAAGGGCCACCGAGAUGCAGUUACCAGUGUGGACUUCAGUCUCAACACUAAGCAGCUGGCCAGCGGCUCCAUGGACUCAUGCCUCAUGAUUUGGCACAUGAAGCCCCAGUCACGUGCCUACCGCUUCACGGGCCACAAGGACGCUGUGACUUGUGUGAACUUCUCCCCAUCAGGACACCUGCUUGCCUCAGGUUCCCGAGACAAGACUGUUCGAAUCUGGAUACCCAAUGUCAAAGGUGAGUCAACCGUGUUUCGAGCACACACGGCCACAGUGAGGAGUGUCCACUUCUGCAGUGAUGGCCAAUCGCUUUUGACAGCCUCUGACGACAAGACAGUCAAGGUGUGGUCAACUCACCGCCAGAGAUUCCUGUUUUCCCUGAGCCAGCACAUCAACUGGGUCCGCUGUGCCAGGUUCUCCCCUGAUGGGCGGCUCAUUGUGUCUGCCAGUGAUGACAAGACUGUCAAGCUGUGGGACAAGACCAGUCGGGAGUGUAUCCACUCAUACUGCGAGCAUGGCGGGUGAGUCCCUGUUGUUGUCUUCCAUCUGCAGCU